AUGUCUCCCAGGGCAAUACCCGGUGAUUUCUCUCACCGCACAGCAACCCUUGGGUUGCGUACUUCUGGAGUAAUGCGCAAUACGCGCCCGGAUGGAUCACAAGGUGGAGAUCAACCGUUAUCUGAUGGGCGUUAUGGGCCGCGUGGGCCCGCGGCACUUCGCUUGUGGUCUGGCUCACGGCGAAGAUCCUACGAUGAUCAAAGUAUAGUUUCGAAGCGACCAAAGGCACUUGACAACCCGUUCCUUGCACGCACCAUCUUUGAGAGAUCUUCCGGAUGA